ACAAACCUGGAGUAGAAAUGUCUAAGCCAUUGAUGUUGGUCUGUGUACCCCCUUGCAGGGCAGCGAGGGACCCCCUGGGAGACCCGGACCACCUGGACCACCUGGUGUACCAUUCAAUGAAGGAAAUGGAAUGAGCAGUUUAUAUAAAAUCCAGGGAGGUGUGAAUGCUCCCAGUUAUCCAGGGCCACCUGGCCCCCCUGGCCCCAAAGGUGAUCCUGGCCCGGUGGGAGAACCUGGUGCGAUGGGGUUGCCAGGAUUAGAAGGAUUUCCUGGUAUAAAGGGAGAUCGAGGCCCGGCAGGUCCCCCUGGAGUGGCCGGCAUCUCGGGGAAACCCGGAGCCCCAGGCCCUCCAGGAAUCCCAGGAGAACAGGGUGAGAGAGGGCCUGUUGGAGACAUAGGAUUCCCUGGACCAGAAGGACCCGCAGGAAAGCCCGGACUAAAUGGGAAAGAUGGAUUACCAGGUGUGCAGGGCAUCAUGGGUAAGCCUGGAGAGAGAGGCCCCAAAGGAGAACGGGGUGAUCAGGGAAUUCCAGGAGACCGAGGCCCACAAGGUGAACGCGGAAAACCAGGCCUUCCAGGCAUAAAGGGGGACAUAGGUCCUAUGGGGCCCCCAGGAAAUAAGGGCUCCCCGGGAUCCCCGGGGCACCAAGGCCUUCCAGGCCACCCCGGCCUCCCCGGCUCCCCGAUCCUCACAACUAACCUGGGAGGACAGGUGGCCUGUCCAUCCGCCUUGACGAAUGCAGAAGCCGAGUGCGGACCUGUCCAACGUCACAGUUAUCUAGUGGGUCAGACCCAGGCCUGA